ACAUGAACCCUUCGAUGUUCACCAGGCAGCACAGGCGUCAGACACCUCGCUCCAGCGCUUUUGCCAACACCACUUCAAACUGUCGUGAAGCCAUAAUGCCCGAGUGUCCCUACUGUGAGAAUGGCAUCACCCCGGAAGGCUUCAUCUGCACGAGAUGUAAGCACGCGACGGAGACCCUGAGAAGUGUCCUCACACAGCCGUUGGGUUGGUUCGGACUGAGGAGGAGACGUGACGGAUUGGACUGAAUGGGGCACUGCUCACCACACAUUGCACUAUGACUGGGAUCUUCGCUGUUCGGGCGACCGAGAACUAGGAGCAAAUUCAUGACUCCCUCAAAAA